AAGGGUUUGCAUGCAGAUGCAUUCGACUCGGAGAACCGCGAGGAUGGUGUGAUGGUUGGCCUGGCUGCUGCGGCGACGCCACUUCGCGAGCUGUGCCCCAGGAUCCGCCGCAGAAAAAACGUGGAGCGGCAUGGUGGCAGGUCUGCGCAGCAUGUUGGCACUCAGUCACAGACUGCUGGAGAGCGAAGCUGGCGCUGACUUUAGGAAGCGUCUGGACAAGGUGCUCGAGAUGGCACGAGAUGCGGAUGAGCCCAAACUGACUGCAGAGCAGUACAUUGCCCAGCAGCUGGAGGCAGACACUUGGUAUUCGCCUGCCAGUAUCCAGAUCCUGCACAUCAUCGCCCGCGAGCUGCGCCAGCGACAGCGCCGGGCGGUGGAGCAGGGGCAGGAAUUUGCAAAACUAGAAGAGGUGUGCCUUACGGCACUGAACGACACAGAGGUGGUGCUGUGGAGCAUUGACCAGGAAGAGAAAGAGGUGAAGGUGGACAAAGGCUGGCGCGAGAAGAAGAAGAAGCUAUGGCGCGCGUAUUGCAUGACUCCUGCCGAUCCAGGCCCUUCUGGCGAGUGGAGCUUCCAGGGCAGCCCGCUGCACGUGAUUCUCGCGUACUACACGCCCAAGCACCCUGUGCUGGUGCCGCUGCACUAUAAAAACCUCAAGGCUGAGGCAGAAGCGGAGGCCAAGUCCAAGGCCAACGCCGAUGCGGCAGCUCUGGACGAGGCGCUGGCAGAAGCGGAGGCCAAGUCCAUGGCCGAUGCCGAUGAGGCAGCUCUGGACGAGGUGCUGGCGCUUGCUGAAGACGAGGCCGGCCCAAGCAACAGACGCGCGACUCGGAGCCGCAAGCACAGCAGCGUAAACGACGGGGAGACGGCUGCCAAGCGCCGCCGAACCGUUUCCGUCAGCAUUGGCCAGACCUCAGCAGGGCAGCAGGAGCAGGCCGCUGCACAUGACGAGACUUCUCAGAUGCGGAGGCAGCUGGCUGAGCUUCUGGUGGAUUUCAAAAACACGUGCCGCGACUGAUCAGGCGCAAAGGCUGAGGAACAUCAACUCAUAUCACCUUGUAACAUACUGCCAGG